AUGGAGUUUGUAGAAGGAAAACUGAAAGAAGAGAAGUGGUUUGGUGGGAUGGUCUUCCCUAGGACCCUCCUCCCCUCUCAUGGAUGUGAAGAUGGAGCCACCACAUUUUCUCCCUCAUUUCACAAGCAUGAAGGGGGAGAAACGAGUUUGGCAGAAGCUGUUAGGGCAAAUCGUGUGUGGCUGUAUGAACAGUUGAGUCGUCAUUGUGCGAUACUCUUUCGAGGGUUUGAUGUGCGUUGUGCCGAGGACUUUCGAAGCGUGGUGGAGGCAUUUGGGUGGGAGGAGAUGGAUUACGGGAAUGGCGAUGCCCCGCGCACCAAGGUGAUUGAUCGUGUCUAUACUUCCAAUGAGGCUCCGCCCGAGUUGCUCAUCGAUUUCCACCAUGAAAGCUCAAAUAGAGAAGAAUUCCCUUCCAAGAUCUUUUUCUUCUGUAUGGAGCCCCCACGAGAAGGCGGUGAGACCUCAAUAAUACCCAGCCACAUUAUUGUUGAGAAGAUGGAGGAGGCCAUGCCAGAAGUUGUCCAUAAAUUGGGAACUGUGGGAGCUAUUAUCCUUGUGCGGAACCCAAACGACAAUGCUUCCAUGAAAGAGUUUAGGAGAACGUGGCAACAAAUACUAGAAACUGAGGACAAAGUUGAAGCAAAAAAGCUGGCUCCGCUGAAGCUAGGUUGCAACUCAGUUGAAUUUCUAGAGGAUGGGACAGCUGAAUUUGAAUUUGGACCCAUGAACCCAAUAAGAACUUUUCAAGAGGGGCGCAGGGCUUGGUUCUUCACCAUUGUAGGGUACAAUGGCAAGCUUGAUGACAUGAGUGUUGUAAGCUUUGGAGAUGGAACUCCAUUUCCUGAUGAAGCCAUCAAAAACUACAGGAAGAUCAGGGAUGAGAACAAACAUUCUCGGAGGCCCGGGAAGCCUCCUCGCAUCAUUUUAGCUUCAAUGUGCAAGUGA